CGUUCAAUCUAACAACAACUCCCCUCUCAUUCUAACACCUUCCUUUAGACCACACCAUCGUAUAUAGCUCUGCAUUAACACACAAUGGACGGCUACAGCAUGAAUGACGACCUCUACCCCUUGGCGUUGCUCAUGGACGAGCUUAAGCAUGACGACGUGGCUAACCGAGUGCAAGCAAUGCAAAAGCUUGACACCAUCGCCAUAGCCCUUGGUCCUGAACGUACUCGUCUGGAACUUAUGCCCUUUUUACACGAAGUUGCCCAAGACGAUGAAGAAGAAGUUUUCGCUGUAUUGGCGGCCAAAUUAGGAGAUUUCAUCCCUUUUGUUGGUGGUCACCAACAUUGUCAACAAAUCAUUGCCAUUCUUUCAGUAUUGGCCCUGCUUGAAGAACCAAUUGUUAGAGACAAGGCCAUUGAUUCUCUCAACAAAAUCUCAUUGGAACUCACCCAUGAUGAGUUAAACAGUAUUUUCCUUCUGCUUAUCGAAUCAUUGAGCACCGGUAGCUGGUUCUCCGCCAAGGUGGCAAGUUGUGGAUUAUACAAGUCUGUUAUUGUCAAGGUAAACUCUGUCACACGUAAGAAGCUCUUUUCCUUGUAUCUUAAGUUGGUCACAGAUGAUUCUCCAAUUGUUAGAAGAUCGGCAGCAUCUCAUUUGGCUUGCUUGGUUGAUAAAUUGACUGAAUUUACAAAGGAAACUAAAAAUACUAGUGAAGAUAAAAUAAACAAUCAAGAUUGGGAAAUUAUCUCUCAAAUGUUCCAAAACCUCAUCAAUGAUGAUCAAGACUCUGUUAAGCAUUUGAGUGUUGACGUUUUGGUUGCCAUUUUGGAGUUUUUCCAAAGUGUUGAUGAUACCACUCAUAAUGGAGAAUUCCUUGUAAGUGCCUUGAAAUUGAUUAAUGAUGACAGUUGGAGAGUUAGAUAUGCUGCUGCUGACAAGUUCGCCAAGGUGGCGAAGAAUUUUGUUACUAAUGAAGAAAACCUUACAAAACUUAUUGAUCCUUUCAUUGCCUUAAUGAAGGAUAAUGAAGGAGAAGUAAGAAAGGCCAUUGCUAAACAACUUCCGGAAUUCUGUCAAUUGCUUAACGUCUAUACCACUUCUCAUCAACUGGAUAUUUUGAAUAAAAUCAUCCCUGUUGUUGAUGAAUUAAGUCAAGAUCCACAUGAAAACGUCCGUGCAUCAUUGGCAUCAACUAUUACAGGAUUGGCUCCAAUUCUUCAAAAGCAAUCAACCAUAGAUAAUCUUCUCCCAAUAUUCUUGAUGAUGUUGAAAGAUGAAUUCCCUGAUGUUCGUUUGAAUAUUAUCAGCAACUUGUCUGUUGUCAAUGAAACCAUUGGAAUAAACUUAUUAUCUACCAACUUACUUCCUGCCAUCACUGAACUUGCUCAAGAUAGUAAAUGGAGAGUUAGAUUGGCCAUCAUUGAAUAUAUUCCAAAAUUGGCCGAUCAACUUGGUGUUUCCUUCUUCAAUGAUGAAUUAUUAUCAUUGUGUAUGUCUUGGCUUUGGGAUCCAGUUUAUGCCAUCAGAGAUGCUGCUGUGAACAACUUAAAGGAACUCACCACUAUAUUCGGCUCUGAAUGGGCAGAAAGAGAAAUUGUCGACAGAUUAUUGAAUAACAAACUUGAUGGAAUUGAUGAAGCAAUUGAUUAUUCUAACUUCAUCAUUAGAAUUACAUGUCUCUUUGCCAUUACUAAAUUGGUACCUGUCAUUGACUCUUCUGUGGUUGUGGAAAAGCUUCUUCCUUUUAUUGACAACUUGGUUACUGAUGCAGUGCCAAAUAUUCGUUUCAAUAUUGCCAAGUCUUAUCUUGUGGUUGCGGAAACUUUCACCAAAUCGGACGCUGCCAAUCGUGCUAGCUUUGACAAGUUAAUCAAGACUGAUAUCAUACCAUCUUUGGAAAAGUUGCAGAAUGACAACGAUUACGAUGUGCGGUUCUUUGCCAGCAAGAGCAUUCAAGAGAUCUCGGUGUUGUAUUAAGGGUGUUUGAUCUC